AUGAAACAUGGUCUGGACCAGCACUUGGACUCGAGAUACGAUCUCAUACUAUGUUCGGCGCGGACGGAUUUUGGUGAUCUUUUGUCGAAAACAAUCGAUUUUAUGUGGAAGGAUGGAGUUUUUCAUGACACUGUCAUAGGGCAUAAACGCUCCCAAUUUCUCAGCAGUGAAAUUGCUAAGUCACUUUGGCAAACUUGGAUGGUUGCUGCAGCAAUCAGCUACGUCUUUCAGAUUAUGUGA